AUGCCCUCAGUGUUGGGUAAAAGGAAAAGGGGAUCAGUCCAGUUUGAUCGUGGUGGCAGUCGACCUGUUGCUGCUGGUGUUGGAAAGCAGGAUGCUAGCAAGGCCAUUGUUAGGGCAGUGGAAGAACAGCUUGAUUUGGAAAGGGCUAUGAAGCUGAGAGAGAUCAAAGCGACCGAGGCUAGGAUAGCUUGGGCGCAGACUGUAGUCGAGGGCAUUGAACAAGGCGCCGGAUCGUCCUUCUCUGACGGCAGUAGGGUGAAAGCAGCUGCUCUUCUCUCCUACUGGUCUAUUGGGUCAGCUUACUACACAUGGACGCGCCCUCGGGCUCCCAACCACGCUCCAGUCAGCACCAACCUUCCAGGCGUGCCUUUGCUACCUCCUCCACCGCCUGUCGACUUCCCCCUACUCUCUCCUGACCUGCGCGCCUCUGUCCAGUCCAUCAUAUCAAAAGGUCACAAACCUCUAUUAGUCAAGUACGUCCUCGACACUUGUUCCGAGUUCGUGCUGCUCGUCCUCGCGUGCCCUGUUUGCAAGCGGGCGGAUCUCUCCACCGUCCAGGGGUUCUAUAACCAUUGCCGCCUCGCCCAUCAGCUUACGUACGCAGGCCACUCAGAGUGCAUCGAAGCUUCCGGACAACGCGUGACGAAGGAGGAUAUCCUCAGUGUGGGGCUGGACGAUGUAGAGAUUAAGGGGACCGGCAUCCCCAGCAUACAGAGACUCUUCCAGCGUGCAGUGGGGAUGCAGCCCUCUGCCCCUGCGCCUGUGCCACAGGCGCUCGACCAGAUCGUGCAAGCACACACCCCACUAUCGCCUUCUCCUGCAGCGGUGGACACCGACCUAAACAAGACUCUCGGAUUGCACGACGAGACGCCCGCGCUGGCUCAGUUCUUGGGCACGACGGCGCGGCGAAGGCAGAUCAAGGUGUUCGAUACUGGUGAGGAGAUCGACGUGGUCACUGAGCUCCCGGAACCACGUCGCUUCAGGUGGCUGUAUCGCCCGCGGGGCGUACCACCUGAGGAGGAAAUGCUGGACACAGCUAUUCCCCAUAGAGUCGACAACCCUCCGCCUUCAACGAUACCCCAAGCACCGAUACCCACUGUCACGAACCCACAUGAGAAACAAUCCCGCUUUCAUAUCUCUCGCCGGAUUAUCAUUAUCGAUCGCAGCCGAUUUAUACCCCUAUCCCGUCGUCAUGGUAACGUAGACGGCUCCACACACGAAUGGUCUCUAAGCAUCAUCGCACCUUCCUAUAUGCCACACCUCUCUACCUUCCUCCAAGAAGCGCACAUCACUGUCCCCUCGAACCCUCAAACCCACACAUUCAGCGACGCUCCCUACACAGCGCAUGGGAAAUCAUCUGCCCCCUUCCUGGCCCAGGUUCGGCUCACCUGGGCCGGAACGCAGAAUAAAGACACUAACACAACGCACUGGGUUGAACUGGAUUCCGCCAAAUCCGGCGCUUGGGUGUUGGGAGAACAGCAAGUACUCGAUAUCAAGCUAGAUAAGGAGACGGUGUUUUUGCCUGUGAGGGAAGACACGGAGAGAGAAAAACAGAGGGAGGCGGAGGAACGCGCCGAAGCAGCAGCAGCAGCAGCUGCGGUCGCUGCGGCCGCCGCCGUACUAGACAAGCCCAAGUUGCUGGUCCAGAAAACGCUGGAGAGUCUCUUGCCGAGCUUCCCCUUGACGAUGUCUGAUGUGAAAGGCAAGAAGGCUCCUCUAGUACCAUAUACAGUUACCACUACACGACGCAAAUUUCGAACCUUUACGAUUGGGCGGCAGAGAGCGAUCGAGUGGCAGCGUGCUCGCUGUCUUCGUUUAGCCGCGCAGCAAGAUUUACUAAACAAUUCCGAAUUCGAAGCCCGCGCUUCCCUCACCACCGGAUUCGUCCUGCAGUGGCUACGAGAUCGAGCGGGCUUCCGCCGUAUGCCUAUUCCAGACCCUUCAAAAGCCAAACCAAACGCGAAUGGACGUGUCAAUGCCAUCAACGGCAAACGAGCAAACACCAAAAUACAAGAAUUUUCAUUUCCGAGCAUAGGGUUCAUAGGUGGACAGUCGGGUUCUAGCAUACGACCUACGGUUCAGGGCAUAGGAUGA